CCUUCGUUAGCAGAGAUAGCCUGUCAGUCUCUCAUCUAAAGCCAGUGCAGUGUGCACUGUUCGCCCGGCUUUUGUUUCAAGAGCUCGAGAAACAUACCUUCAUCCAGUCACUUUCUCAAGAUGAAACGUGUUUGGUUCAUAGGGCUUGUGGUUGCACUUUUAGCUUUUGCUGCUGUCAGGGCAGAGGAUGAAGUGGACGUGGAUGGGACAGUAGAGGAAGAUCUGGGCAAAAGUAGAGACGGUUCCAGGACAGACGAUGAAGUGGUGCAGAGGGAAGAAGAGGCGAUUCAGCUGGAUGGCUUAAAUGCUGCUCAAAUCAAAGAACUCAGAGAAAAAUCAGAAAAACAUGCCUUCCAAGCUGAGGUCAACCGUAUGAUGAAGCUGAUCAUUAACUCCCUAUACAAGAACAAAGAGAUCUUCCUCAGGGAAUUGAUUUCCAAUGCCUCAGAUGCUUUGGAUAAGAUUCGCUUGCUGUCCUUGACCAAUGAAGACGCACUUGCUGCUAACGAAGAACUGACAAUCAAAAUAAAAUCUGAUAAAGAGAAGAACAUGCUCCAUAUCACAGACACUGGUAUAGGAAUGACCAAAGAUGAACUGGUCAGGAACCUGGGCACAAUUGCGAAGUCUGGCACAAGCGAGUUCCUCAACAAAAUGACUGAAAUGCAGACUGAAGGCCAGUCUACCUCAGAGCUGAUUGGACAGUUCGGAGUUGGUUUCUACUCUGCUUUCCUUGUGGCAGACAAAGUGAUUGUUACAUCAAAGCACAACAACGGCACCCAACACAUCUGGGAGUCUGAUUCAAACCAGUUCUCAGUCAUUGAGGACCCUCGUGGAGAUACUCUGGGCAGAGGAACAACCAUCUCACUGGUCCUGAAAGAGGAGGCCUCAGACUACCUUGAGCUGGAGACCAUUAAGAACCUUGUUAAGAAGUACUCUCAAUUCAUCAACUUCCCCAUCUAUGUUUGGGCCAGCAAGACAGAAACUGUUGAAGAGCCCAUUGAUGAAGAUGCUGAAACUGAAGAACCAGAGAAGGAAACUACAGAAGAUGAGGCUGAGGUGGAGGAGGAAGAAGAGGACAAGGACAAGCCAAAGACCAAGAAGGUGGAGAAAACUGUGUGGGACUGGGAACUUAUGAAUGACAUCAAGCCCAUCUGGCAGAGACCAGCUAAAGAGGUCGAGGAAGAUGAGUACAAGGCUUUUUACAAAACCUUCUCUAAGGACAGUGAUGAUCCUCUGGCCCACAUCCACUUCACUGCUGAGGGAGAAGUCACAUUCAAGUCCAUCCUGUUUGUUCCUGCUGCAGCUCCUCGGGGCCUGUUUGAUGAAUAUGGAUCAAAGAAGAAUGAUUAUAUCAAGCUGUUUGUCAGAAGAGUUUUCAUCACAGAUGACUUCAAUGACAUGAUGCCCAAGUACUUGAACUUUGUCAAGGGAGUUGUUGACUCUGAUGACCUUCCACUGAACGUUUCCAGAGAAACUCUGCAGCAACACAAACUGCUUAAGGUUAUUCGCAAAAAACUUGUACGCAAGACUCUUGAUAUGAUUAAGAAGAUUGCAGAGGAACAGUACAAUGAGAAGUUCUGGAAGGAGUUUGGCACAAACAUCAAGCUGGGUGUGAUUGAGGACCAUUCAAACAGAACACGACUGGCCAAGCUGCUACGAUUCCAGACCUCCCACAGUGAGACCACGCAAUCUAGUCUGGAGCAGUAUGUGGAGCGCAUGAAGGAGAAGCAAGACAAGAUCUACUUUAUGGCUGGUACCAGCAGGAAGGAGGCUGAGUCUUCACCUUUUGUGGAGAGGCUGCUGAAGAAAGGCUAUGAAGUGAUCUACCUGACAGAGCCUGUGGAUGAGUACUGCAUCCAGGCUCUUCCAGAGUUUGAUGGAAAACGUUUCCAGAAUGUUGCCAAAGAGGGUGUGAAGUUUGAUGAGAGUGAGAAAACCAAAGAGAAGAGGGAAGCCAUGGAGAAGGAAUAUGAGCCCCUCACCACCUGGCUCAAGGACAAGGCUCUCAAGGAUAAGAUUGAGAAGGCUGUCCUCUCUCAGCGGCUGACCGACUCGCCCUGUGCUCUUGUUGCCAGUCAGUACGGCUGGUCUGGAAACAUGGAGAGGAUCAUGAAGGCCCAGGCUUACCAGACAGGAAAGGAUAUCUCUACAAACUAUUAUGCCAGCCAGAAGAAAACAUUAGAAAUAAACCCUAAACAUCCUCUUAUCAAGCAGAUGCUCAAGCGUGUCAAUGAUGAUGCAGAGGACCAGACGGCAUCAGAUCUGGCUGUUGUCCUGUUUGAGACAGCGACACUGCGUUCAGGUUACCAGCUCGCUGACACAAAAGCUUAUGGGGACAGAAUAGAGCGCAUGCUACGACUGAGUAUGAAUGUACCUUUGGAAGAACAGAUUGAAGAAGAGCCAGAGGAGGAGGAGCCUGCUGAGGAAGACUCUGAAGAUAAAGAGGAAAAUAUAGAUGCUGAAGAUGAUGAUGAUGAUGAUGAUGAAGAAUCGCCACAAAAUAUUAAAGAAGAACUGUGAAGCACUAAAUGUCUGAGCAUGUACCAGCGGAGCGACUGUUUCGGUGACCCAUGGUCGACAUCAUCUGGGUGGGGGGUUAGGGUUUUUUAUGCCACAAUUUGUUGUUGUUUUUUUUUUAUUACAUUCCUCAUGACUGUAAAUUUGUUAAUAUUUAACUGUCCUGUUAUGGAAGGAGCGAUUGUGUCUCUUGGAAAAAAUAAAUAUUUCCUGUAAAAGGAUGAAAA